GUCCAUACGACGCGAUCGAUCGACGACAAAAAAAAUAAUGUGAUCACCAUGUGCGUGCUGUUUGUAUUGUAAGCUCACGAAAGACUAGAAAAGAUGGAGAGAUGUGCCAUGAAGAGAUGAUACAAGGAAACGAAUCAUUGCAGAAAGAAUGCACAUCGGAAUCCACCGAUGAGGAAGAUGGCAUUCUCGAAGAAGUGAUGGCAUUUGCUGAUUUCUAUCCAACAGAGGAUAAUCAGCUUUGCUUGCAAAAAGGUGACAAGGUGCUCAUUGUUUCUAAGAACAAUGCUGAUUGGUGGUGGGCAAGGAAAGGUCAUUCUUGUGGCUAUAUCCCCACCAAUCACAUCACAUCACUCUCAAGGGAUGAGGCUGGUUGGCAAGAUGGUGAAUACUUUAGUAGUUAUAACUCAAUGAAGCUGCAUCAUGAGAUGUUACAAGACAAAGCUAGGAAUGUAGCCUAUCGUUCAGCAAUCAUGCAAAAUCAUCAGCACAUCCAAGACAAGGUUGUCUUAGAUGUUGGCUGUGGGACAGGUAUAUUAAGCAUGAUGUCCGUAAAGCAUGGGAAGGCUUCCAAGGUGUUUGCAGUGGAGGCCAGUGGGUUUGCCGAGCACACUCAAACGCUGAUUGAGGCAAAUGGAAUGUCUGACAAGAUCCAGGUAUUUGAUGGUAAAAUUGAGUCGGUUCAGCUAUCUCACAAAGUGGAUCUGAUUAUCUCGGAGUGGAUGGGAACAUUUCUUCUGUUUGAAUGGAUGAUAGAGUCAGUUAUUUUUGCCAGAGAUCGUUGGUUAAAAGAUGGUGGUGUUGUAUGGCCAUCCCAUGCUGGCUUAUAUCUUGUGCCAUGCUGUGCAGGAGAACUUUAUAAGAACAAAGUGUCCUUUUGGGAGUCCGUGGAGGACUUUGAUUUCUCUUCCCUAGUGCCUCUUGCCAAAGACGAGUUCUUCAGCAGUCCUUUAUAUAAUCAUGUCAUGAAACAAGAAGACAGCCUUGCGACUCCUCAACAAGUGUUCCAACUCGACAUGAAAACUGUCACCAGACAGGACCUUGAGGAAGUUAGCCACACCUUUCACUUUACUAUCAGCAAGGCUGGGACAAUGCACGGAUUUGCCUCCUGGUUCCAAGUUGACUUCGCUGGAUUUCCUGUAAACUCCAAGCCAUUUGUAUUCCUCAACACUGGUCCAGAUUACCCCCUCACUCAUUGGAAGCAGACCUUGUUUAUGAUGGACUCGCCCAUUACCGUUGAGCAAGGAGAUACAGUAGAGGGCGCUAUAACAAUAACAAGAAAUAAAGAAUGGCGGCGGCAUCUGGAGGUUCAUUUGGCGUUGAGUGUUUCAUCUGUCUCCGGCAAAAAUGCAAAGACAUUCACCAAACUUUUUCCCAUAUGGAGGUAGCACUUUUCACGGGAUCGUAGAAUGUGCCUUGUACUCACUUGAAGUGGACACACUGGAUCUUCAGCUGUAUCAGUGGCCAUUUACAUAAAAGAUGUAUCUCCAUCUACUUUAUUAGUACAUCUAGGUUUGACCUCAAUUGAGUUUAUGGCAGUGCAUGGGGUUGGGAGAAUGGGCAAGUUUCUGGUUGCCUUUUUUUUUCUUUUUUCUUUUUUUUUAGCGCCUUUUUCAUAUAGUUUACUAUUUUGUAUAAGACAAUCUGGCGUAAAGUGUGAAAAUGGAAAAUAUGGGUUCUAAAAUUUUUAUUUUUAUUUUAUUUGGGGGGGGGGGGGAGUUUGAAGAGCAACUACUGUAGAGUGGAAUUUGAAACGCUGACCUCGGGAUUUACUUGCCAGUGCUCCACCGACUGAAUAUAUAGCCAUAAUGUUGGUGGUGGUCUCCCUAUUUUGUCAAUAUCUUUGUUCAAGGUGCUAGUCAGAAGACAUUUAACCUGUAGCUACCAAUAAUAGCUAGGGCCUUACUACUUUGUUUAUACCUAAGUUUAUAGUUCAACCUGGGAAGCGGCAGGAGAGGGAUCACCUUAAGGAUGGGACUUUUCGUUUCAAAUAUAAAGUAACAAACCAUGAGGGAAGGUUAUUUUUUGUGUAACUUUGUUUGCACAGACACGGUGGCCACGAGAAGAAACUGUAUGCAUGACUCUAGGGCCCUUUUCGAAACCAUGGUUUUGGUUUUGGUUUGAGGCUUCGCUCUCUCGUCUGAAACCUUGGGCCCCUAUACCCAAAGCAUGCGCAAUUGUCAAAACUACCGCGGGGCCAAGCUAGCCUGAGCUGAAUCCAAAGCCGAAUCCAGGUGUUUCGAAAAGGGUCUACGUUACAUGCAAAACUCAUCCACCAACUCCUCGAAUUGUAUCCAAU